AAAAACGUUGUAACGAGGAGAGAUUCAUUUUGGUGUUCUAAAAGUUGUAGAAAUAAUACAAAAAAUUGGAGAUCAUUAAUUAAAAGCGAUCAACCAUGUUUGGUGUGCAAAGAAGAAGAUGCUGUUUACGGUAAUGACUUUUGCGGUGAGAAAUGUGAAAAGUUGGUACGAUAUAAUGUUCCAUGUAUAUAUCGACUCUCGGAUCAAAGUAAUAAAUUCAAAGACAUUUCUCGACAGUUCACUGAUUCAUGGAACCACAAAUUCAUAAAGACUCCUUCAGUACAUGCAAUAUACAAAAUAUUUCCUAGUCAAGAGGUUAUUAACAAUUAUAAGGCGUAUCGUGAAUACGUUGAAUCCAAAAGAAGAUGCGAAGGUAGACUCUUUCCAAAGGGCGAUGGACGACGAUUGAUGACGAAGGGAAAUGAGCAAAGGAGGUUCCAUGGAACAAGAAUGAAUUGUCUGUUAGGAAUCACGACAGACAUUAUAUGUUCUGAUCUUAAUUGUGCAGUAUGCGGUAUAAUCACGAAUGGAUAUAAACUCUGUUACGUAGGUGAAACUUUUUCAUCCGGACGUUUCGGUCCUGGAAUCUAUUUCUCAGGCGCUUCAUCGAAAUCUAAUUCCUUUAGCAAAGAUACAAAACGUUAUAAUUCAAAAAGUUACAAAGUGAUGUUUUUAAAUAAAGUGGUGGCUGGAAGAGUGUACGAAAUGUUAAAGGAGAAUAAAGAUCUGAAGGGCCCGCCUCCUAAUUAUGAUAGUGUUGUUGGUGAACCAAACAAAGAGGGAAAACUCCCUGCCGAUGAAUUGGUGGUCUAUCGGGAGGAGGCAUGCCUUCCGCA